UCUCGAUGCUGUACACAUGAAGGCAGUGGAAACAAUUUAUGUAUUUAUCAGAUUUACUAGUAAAUCAUAUACAUACUUUCUAAUUUAUAACUGGAAGUGAUACCAUAUGUUUACACUUUACUCCUGAUACCUGGACAUUUCACAAGAUGAAAACCCUUGGGUUCCUCGUUGCCAUGGCACUUCUAGGUUUUGGAUUAGCAUCAAAAUAUGGACCAUGUAAAGCGAAAUGUAGAGCUCUAGGUCUACGGAAAUGUUCAAGGAUAUGCAGAAUUGCAACAUGUGAUACCAUUGCUUUGUCGUGUUGGAAAACCUGCUCAGACUCUAUAAAUGGUCCAAAUGCUGCAAAUGAUCUGCGUGAAUGUCUUCAACAGUGUAGAGUUGGGAAUACCUGCGAAACUGCUUCUAACAAAAAUUGCUUCAUCAAAAUAUUAAAAGAAAAUGGCCAUCGGGAAGGUCCAGUUUUCACAAAGGAUGGGCACUUUUACAUUGUUUUGCCUUUUGACGGUGAGAUCCGUAGAGUUGACUUGAAACUUAAGAAGUCUAGCACGUUCGUUGCCCCAUCAGUAAAUGGGUUUAAUGGGAUGCCAGCGGGAUUACAAUGUGACCUCGAAAACAAUAUCUGGGUUGCUGAUGCAAGACUUGGUUUAUUGAAGGUGGACCAAGAUGGGUCCUUUACACAGGUAGCAACUAAAGACAAUCAGAAUGAAACCAUACAAGGAUGUAAUGAUCUUAUAUUUGACUACCAUGGUAAUUUAUGGAUCACUGCAUCAUUUGGCCCCAUUGCAUCCAAAAGCUUUACAGACUCGAGGAAGGAUCCAUUUGGGAGUGUGUACUGCUAUAAUAUGACAACUAAUGAAAUCAUUAAAGUUGCCACUGGAUUCCUAUAUCCCAAUGGUAUAGCUGUGCAACAUGAUAGCAAUGGGACUCCGAAGAAACUCAUUUUCGGGUCGUCGUACAAUAUAACUGCCCCCUUAUGGAGCUUUGAUAUAGUUAGCCCUUGUCAAAUUGAAAACAAACAAGUUUGGGGAAAUCUACCUGCCAAUGGUAAUAUAAAUGGUAUAGAUUUUGAUGAAAAGGGGAAUCUUAUAGUCACACUCAUAGACAAUGGUUCUAGUUUGCUGUUCGUCUUCGGCCCUAAUGGAGGUACUCCGACUUGUCAAUUAAAGUUGCCAACUACGCGUGCGACCAAUAUACAGUUUAGGCCUGACUCAAAUGAGCUCUACAUUACUGGAGAUGCAUUAUUGAAACUACGAUGGAAAUACAAUGGGAUGAAGCAAUAUUGCGAGAUCGCUUAAAAUGUAAACAUAU